AUGGAACCACCGGCUGCCGAUUGCCACCACUUCCCUUCUUCGGCACGAUACAGAGGCGUUCGCAAGCGAAAAUGGGGCAAAUGGGUGUCUGAAAUCCGCGAGCCAGGGAAGAAAACUCGGAUAUGGCUCGGGAGCUACGAAGAGCCAGAAAUGGCCGCCGCUGCCUAUGAUGCGGCGGCAUUGCACCUGAGAGGACGUGGCGGGGUGCUGAAUUUUCCUGAACUGGUUGAUAGCCUGCCAAGGCCGGCGAGUUCUAGCCCGAUGGACGUGCAAUUGGCGGCUCAAGAGGCUGCAUUGAGGGUUAGGAGGCUGCGAAUGGGGGCUGUUUCGACGGAGGCCGCGGGUGGCUCGUCCUCGCCCAGGGGCUUGAGCUCAAUGCCUGUGACGGUGGGGCUGUCGCCGAGUCAAAUCCAGGCUAUUAACGAGUCGCCAUUGGACUCGCCGAAGCUGUGGAUGCAGUACAUGUACAGGGCUCAUUGCCAUGAGGGUCUGUCGUUGUUAGGGGACGACAUGUCGUGUGUUGAGUAUCAUGAUGAGGAGGUUGAGUUGGGGGAGUGUGAGAAUAUGCAGCAUUUGUCCAUAUGGGACUCCUACUUAUGA